AUAAAAACAGCCUUCGAUAAAUACCCGAAUUCUUCCUUUACUAUUGGCUCUCUAUCAUUUCUCUCUCUCUCUUCAUCAAAUUUCUGCCCUAAACGAAAUCUUCUCUCCGUUCAUUUCGAUGGCUUCUCAAAUGGCUAGACGUUGGUUGAGACCUGAGGCAUAUCCUUUGUUUGCAACACUUGGAUUAGCCGUCGGAAUUUGUGGAUUUCAAUUGGUUCGUAACAUCAUGAUCAACCCUGAAGUCAGGGUUAACAAGGAAAAUAGGGCUGCUGGAGUAUUGGAGAACCACGCAGAGGGUGAGAAAUACACUGAACAUAGCCUCAGGAAAUGGGUUCGCAACAAGUCCCCAGAAAUCAUGCCAAACCUCAACAACUUCUUCACCAGCCCAAAAUGAAGAUAGUAAUUACUUGUCCGUGAAGUCUCCGUGUUCCUUAAAUGUUGAACUUGCUUUCUCUUUUCAUUUGUCAUAGUAUCUGUGAUUGCUAUUGCUUAUUGUGAUUGUCAUUGACAUAUAGGUUUUGAGGUUGGUUGGCCUCUGUGUUUCGAGAUUAAAACUUGAACUAAUUACUAAGCUUUGUGGAUGAUAAGACAAACUGCAUUGGUACAUUAUUAGUUGGUCAUUUCAAGUAUUUUGUGUUCAUCACAUUUGGUA